GCUUCAUUCUUCACAACCCGCUUUUAUCACCGCCUUUUCUUUCAUUUGUAUUGCACAGCAAUCUUCACAAAAAAUGACGAGUCUUAUAGGCAAACUUGUCACAAAAACAGAAGUUAAGUCCAGCCCAGAUGCAAUUUACGAUAUCUUUGCCCACAAACCAUUUGAACUCAUCACUGUGGCACCUGAUAUUUUUAAGAGUUUAGACCUUAUUGAUGGCUUGUGGGGAGUCUUAGGCUGUGUACUUUCCUUAACCUACGUUGACGAAAGAGGAAGUCAUGCUAUAAAUGUGACAAUUGUGGCUAUCGAUGAUGCGAAAAAAACAGUGACUUAUAUGAUAAUUGCUGGAGACCUUUUGAGUUUGUACACCACAAUUAGUGCUACAUUCCAGGCUGAAACGGAUUCUGAUGGAAAGAAUUUUGUGACUUGGACUAUGGACUACGUGAAGCUUCUUCCGACCUCGCCGGAGCCGACUUCGUUGAUGAAUGUGGCUGUCUCUUCCGUCAAGGAGAUUGAUGCUAAGAUUUCCUGAUGAAAGAGAAGUCAAUUUGUUAAUCACAUAUGAAGAAGAAGGGCUUGAAAAAUUCCUACGUAUUUCCGUGCAUGCAUGAUGAAUUAUAAUUGUAAUAAAUAAAAUGGAAUUGUUUUGGUUUGUUUCAUUUUAUUUUUUUUCAUUUCCUUGCUUUCAAGUUUUAAUAAAUUCAUUCCGUGGUCCAUACCUAUUUGUAAGUGUGUCGAGUGCACUUAUUUUACGGGCUGUUUGGAUUGGUUUUAUAAUAAUAUUAUAUACUUUAUUGUCUCAUUUUGAUUAUUUCAUUGUCUCUAUUAUUCUUUUACUUUUUAAAAUUAUUUAAUUUUUUGGGUACAAAUUGUUUUUAUCAUUUUUUAAUAGGUAGAUGGAGGGAGGGAUUAUGUAUAUUUGAUGGCUUAAUUACGUAUAUUGCCUGACCUAUAUGGUUGCAUUAAAUAACUGAUUGAUAAUAUGUGUCACAGCCUCAUUCUUAUGUUUAUUUAUUAUUUAUUUAAAUUGAGGCCGAUGGCGAAGAUUUUAAAUGAUGUGAACAUUCAUGGUAAUCAAGUUCAAGAUGAUCAAGGUGUUUGGGUUCCAAGUACUGUCCAAGCUCAAAGAGUGGCUCAAGAUCCAUUAUCCAGCAUUGGAGGCCCAAUGACUCAAGCUAGAAGUAAAAGGAUGAGGAGUGCACUUAAUAAUCUUAUAUCAAAUAGUUUAGCCCAAGAGAAUGCCAAG